CCGCGAUUGCGAUUACCAAGAACGAGACCGAUAAACAAUCCUUUAGCAGUGUGUAUUAUCCUUGACCCCCAUGCAUCUCAGGAUUUUUGACAGCUACCGGUUGUUUCCACCGGUAAAUUGUACAAUGAAUUCUGGAAAACGCCCCUUUUGUGAACUUGAGGGCCGUGUUGAUUCUCGACGACAGACGACAGUUUUGAGUUCGGAGUCGUGAGAUGACGUUGCACUCAAAUUUCAUUCCACCUUUUUGUUUAUGUUGGCAUUUUCUAAUAUUUUUGUUUGAAUAAUAAUUGUAUUUUCUACUAUAAUUUGUGAUAAUGUAAUUUUGUCAUUGCAAAGAUUACUAAUAAUUUUAUAAUUUUUCGAAUUGUGUCCCUUCUACACGUGAAAAUGGAUAAGGACGACUCUAAUGGAAGCUCCUUCGAAAUUGUGGACAAGAAAGCUGUUGAACAAGCAAAUAAUGGCGAUAAAAGUGGCACACUGAGCGGUGUUUCUUCAUCAUAUUCCCUAACAUCCCCAGGAAGUGCCAGUUUAUCUACUGGCAAUUUGCUAUCAAACGUUGGACCUCCUUCAUCACUACCAGAUUUCACCUUAUGGACAUCGUCACCAAGCAGCUCUGCGGAGGCCAAUCCCGUGUCAACUGAGCGGGAACAACAGCUAGACACCAAUACAGUUAGCAGCAAUGUAGUAACCUCAGCACCUGGUUUAGUUAAUCAAUUUCCAUCUACACAAUUCAGUGCAGCCAUUCCUCCAAGCAAGGGAAUUCCCCUGGGAGCAACAACUGCUAGACCGAGUCAGCCACCAGAGGCAGAACCAGUAGUUCCGAGCAGCUUUUUGGGACUUGUGAAAGGUGCUCUAUCAAGUCAAGUGGUUACAAAGAUGGUUGAAAAGGCUAAAAGCUCUGUUGACUCUAUUAUUACUACCUUGGAUCCUCAGAUGAGUGAAUAUAUUUAUUCAAGUGGAGAUUUGGAAAUUACUGUAGCUUCUGAAGAAGAAGAUAUUGUAAGUGGUGUGAGAGAAGCUGCUCAUGCAGUGUUUGGUAAAGCUUGGGUAAAUGGAAUUAAACUAAAUACUUCAACUCAAAAAUCUCAAGCUAUCGGCUUCGAAUCUGGAUGUAUAAUAGCUGAAGAAAGGAUAGAUUAUUCAUUAAAAUUUAGGAAAACACCUACAGUGGCUGUUGAGAGUGUUAUGUUAAAAGAAGGAAAAAGCUGGUUUGAUGUUAGCUUGUUAUUAUUGAAAGAUGCAGAAAAGGCUAUCAACAUCCAAACAUUUACACAGGCUACCCCAGUCCCAGUUGAAAAGUUUAUUGAUAAAGAGGUGGCAGAUAUUGAUAUUGAAAAUAAAUUAUCUGAAUAUUUAAAGGCUGUCCCAUGUUGGCAAGAGGAAGUAUCUGGUUUAUCUCGAAAAGAAGUCAUAUUUUUGGCGGCAAAAGUUCUACUCAAACUAUAUAAAGAUCGUUUACCAUCAGUGCAAACAUAAUUUCCUAAAAGUACUUAAAGAGUUUAAAUUGACUCUUUCAUUGACCUAUGAAAAUCUUUGUCUGACCAGAAAUCUCUAAUUUUUAUGUUAAUCUCCUUUGAAUCUUGAAGCUUUUUAGUUUAAAUGUAAAUAUCAUCUACUGGAUUAACACUUGUAAAAACUUUUUUUUUUUAAAUUAUAAGUUUUACUUACUACAUGUUACUUAAGGCUAAAUUUGUAUACAUUAUCCCUGCAAUAUAUAUUGAAGAUUAUUGAA